GUCAUGAAUGCUACUGUCCUAUUAUGGAAUCCAGCUAUACCUGAAGCUGUCUCAUUUCAUAAUGGGUGAGAUAUUUGUACUUAUCUCAUGUCAUUUUAACAUUGAAUAAUUUAGUAUUAUUUAUGACUACUAACUUAUAUUGAUAUUGCUAAUGAUAUGCUGCCUCUAAUUUAUUUUUAUGGUAACUAUUCCACUUCUAGGUUGGCCCUUCAUGGAAUCGAUGCCGAUUUGCCUCUAGCUGAAGCUGUUGAUUCUGAUCAUGUACCAGUGAUCACCUUAGAGGAUGAAUUUCUAAAGCUUUAUCCUAGGAAAGACAUAAGGGAACUCAAUGAUACUGCUGAGGAUGGUAUUUUUAUUGUUAUGGCGAAUAUAUCUGGUCUGGUUGAAGGGGAAAAGUGGUGGUACUCUGCCUGUAGUUGUCAUAAGGCUGUGACUGUGGAAGAUGGAAUCUCUUAUUGUCCUGGCUGUUCCAAAGUUGUGCUAAGUGUUACUCCAAGAUUCAGAAUCAAGUUAGAAGUUGAUGAUGGUCUUGGCUGCGGUGUAUUUGUUGUUUUUGACACAGAUUGCCAACAAUUGCUGAGCAAGACCUGCAAGGAACUGAUCAUGGCUUCCAAGGGGAAGGCUGCAAAAGAUUACCCAAAUGAGAUUAAGUCCAUCAUUGGAAGACAGAUUUUAUUUAAGGUGCAGAAAUCAAAUGGCCAUGGUACCACUUUUGAUGACUCCUACAAAGUGAAGAAAAUAUGUACUGAUGUCGUUAUGGUUGAGAAUUUCAAGGACAAUUCCAGAGUUCAAACUCCCACCAAGAUGAUCAGCAGCCCCAAAUUUUCUAAGUUUUCUGGUGCGGAACUUGAUAACAACGGUGACUCUUCUGCAAAACUAUCUGAAAUAGGCCCCAGUGUUGUAUCCCUUGAUGAAAUUUCUCUCACUGAUGGAUCUGUUAUCUGCUCUUCUGUUCAGAGUGCUGGUAGUGACCUGAGUUCUAACAAACCUGCUAAGAGAUUGAGGAUCAGGCCUGUGAAGUUGGAGAAGGACUACGCACUGUAGCUGAAUAAGAUAGUUAUAAUUAUAAUAUGAGAUGCAAUUUCCAACAAUGUGUCUAAUUGGAGUCUUUUUGUAAUGUAUUUACUGUAGGAAGAUUGGUUAAGUUGCACUCUUAAUAUAUUAGUAGUAUUUCAUUUUGUUAUCAUAGAUCUAAGACGUUGUGGUUUGUAAGGUCAGUUGUUAGAGUCUCCUA